AUGAAAUUCUGCCUUUCCCGAGCUGAAACUUCUCCUCGUGAGAUGUUUGUGGAUCAGUACCAGAGUGACCCUGAAUCUGGAGAGGGUUUCACUGCCAUUUCGUGGGUACUGAGCUCGCGUUAUGAUCGUAUCCGGGCAGUUGCUUCUCCGAACACUCGUCGGCGACCUGAGAUACUGGUACCGGAACAAAGUACUCCUCCUUAUGAUCAGCUACGGAGACUCUACUUCAUGCAAACCAACAGUGAUGGUACCGUCGAGACCACCAAUUCAAUAAAGGCAUUCAUUCGAGACCAGGCAAUUAUCGGGAUUGUCUUUGUCUACCAGUCUGGAAAGAUUGCAAAACUUGGAGAAUUUGAUACUGGCACUUUUCAAAAAAAUUGA